AUGGUUAAUGACAUCAAGACUAUAAGGGAGGAGAAUGGUGAUGAUGGAGGAACUUGCAAGGCUACUAGGUUUAGUGAGUUUCGCUUGGUCUAUAAAGUGGGAGGUUGGAGAGGGUUGGUUGUCAUGCUUGAUGAUGGGGAUUCAAGUGACGAUGUGUUUCGAGCUAGGAGGAGGCUGUGGUUGUUCUUGGACAUAUCCUCGGAUGUUGAAGAAGCUGAGAGAGCUUCUUUGCUUGUAUCUGCUGAUGUAAUUUACAGUGAUGAUCUAACUGAUGCUCUUUUCUGA